CCCAGAGCUAAUCUGUACAUUUUUUAUUUGUACAUCACAUUCAUGCGAUGAAGAUAUUAAAAACUUUUAAAGCGGUGUUUUCGGGUUCAAACUAAUUUUCUUGUACUUUGCAUGGCAUAACUGCCCCUGUCAGUACAAGAGGAAAAUAAACAGGGCACGGCUUGCAGAUGACAAUGCAUUCAUCAAACGUUGAUUCCUGUCUUUAUUCAACAUCCGAAAAAAACGCAACCUAUUCUCAUUUUUUCGCACUCUUUCCCUGCCUUUUUCGCAUUUUUUUUGCCUACAAAUAUCCCUGUGCCCCUUUUUCAUUAAAUAAAAUACAUUUGAAUUGUUCGGAAUGACACCAACAACGACAGCACACACGAGCGACAUAGCAGCAGCAGCCAUCGCACAAUCAAUAUCACAACAAGCCAACACGCUUCGCGCACUCCGUGCCUGCAACAACGACCAUGCACUGGCAGCACAGGCACUGGCGCAAACACUGUCAUGGCGCGAGGCCAACAAAGUACGGCCCAACGCACCUGUGCUUUUGUCGACAAAUAACGGUGGGCGGCGGGUAUACGCCAGGGGUCUGGAAACAUUAGAGGACACGCGAUUGUUGGGAGCUGAAGGAGAGGGAGUGUGUGCGGUGGUGUGCCCGGUUGAAUCACUGGCGCUGUCGGAUAUUGCUGAGGUCGCAAGAGAGCAUUAUCCGGGCGUCGUGGGUCGUCUUUAUUCGUCCGUUUUGCUUGCCCAUGCGCGCCAGGCUCUGAGACCGCUACUAGUUGCCUACGAGGGCGGCGUCGAGUAUGUACUGGCUUCCAACCUAGCCGAAUCACUUCGCCUGAUAUUGCCUCCGGCCAUUACUAAUGCCACUGCCCCUGAAUGUGCUGGUUUGGGGCAUUAUCCUCGAACAUUGGCCGAUUAUGUUGGGCGGGUGCCGAAGGACGAUUUCUGCUCGGCAUAUUCGGACGCACGGGACACACAGGAUCAUACUACGGAGCCGCCGCCAACGAGACCGCAGUCAAGGAUGGGUCUUUUUGGACGCAACUUUAACCUCUCAAUGACACCCAAGCAGCAGCAGCAGCAGCAGCAACAGCAACAGCCUUUAGAUACGACACUUAUGAAUACACGCGAUUUUGGCCGGCCUUCUGGGUCGCGAGCAGGCGACAAUAAUGAGGGCAGCAAUAGUGGUAGCAGUAAUGGCGGUAGCCGGAUGACGUCUCGUGCCGUGCAGAGCGUCCAGCGCAUGCUGGGCUCAAUCAACGACAGCAUAUCAGCGGCAGACUCAAGGUCUGCGCUGGCAGCCACAAAAUCGCGGCUGGUGCAGCAAGCGGACGUGCUCAUGUCAACGGUCGCCGCCCUCAACUUUGGCGUCUCCAUGACUGGCUCUAUCACCGACCCAACCAAACUCCUUGAUAAGAGCAGCCAUGUAUCUCUACUGUGUAAGCUUGGACUGCAGCUCUUAGCCCUGCCCAUGAGCAUCUUGUUUGGCCGCUCGAGCAACAGCAUUUUGGCCACUGUUCGACACUUGGUGUUGCGGACCGUGAAGCUUAUUGUGCGGCGAUUGAAGAUGUUGCCGGCUGCUAGUACGCUGAUGCUGCUGGCAUAUAAGCAUCUGCGUGUCUAUACGAUUGCUAAUGCUGCUAUUAUUUGGUCCAACUUGAUGUUGCAGUGGCGGCGCGGUUUAUCCUUUUGACUACAAGGACUAAAAAA